AUGUUAUCAUUGGUUCUCCUAUCACUGGUUUUGGGUGAAUUUAACGAUGCAAAAUCUGAAUUUGAUGGUAUGGACAGAAUGCAGGAUUUCAUAAAAAGCGGCAGAUUCCAAUCGAAACAAACAUUAAAUUCAUUGGAUGAAAAUGAGUUUGGUGGAUUGGAAGGUAACAACAGAUUUAGGAUAUACAAGCGAAUUCUUGACGCAAUAGAAGGUGAUGGAUUCGGAUUAAGAAAGCGAGCUCUCGAUGCAUUAGAAGGUGAGGGAUUCGGAUUGAAGAAACGAGCACUCGAUGAAUUAGAAGGUGGAGGAUUUGGGCUUAAAAAACGAGCUCUCGAUUCUUUGGAAGGUGCAGGAUUUGGACUAAAAAAGCGAGCUCUUGAUGCGUUGGAAGGAGAAGGAUUCGGAUUGAAAAAACGGGGUCUCGAUGAAUUGGAUGGUGAAGGAUUUGGCAUGGCAAAACGAAUUCUCAGUACAAUGCAAGGUACAGAAUAUGGAAUGAGAACUAAAGUGGAAAAUGAAGGAUUUGACAGAAUGCAAAAACAUCCUUCCCAAUCAUCUGGACUAAAGGAUUCCGUAUUAAUCGUUAUUCCACAAAUGGAAGACAUUCAUAUCCGAACAGGAUGUUCAUUUCCACCGGUUAUUUUUUAA